AUGGCACGCACGGCAAUCUUCCUCACCUUCGCAGCAGCUAUGCUCGCUGCCGCCGCUGCCACUGAGGUUCGGCUGACCCAGAUUUCGUCGUUUGACCGCUUUGCCGGCGAUGUCGAGGAUGCGACCACCACCAGCACAGGCUGCGUCUCGCUCGGCGUGUCCAACUCCGGUUACCAGUUCACCCCCGCCGAUGCCAACACCGUCACCCCUGUCUGCAUCGACUCGUGCAACGAGAACGGCUGCUACACAUUCUCCGAGGGCUGCGGGGCUGGCUGCGACUUCUGCGCGGAGGUUUCCGAGUGCACGGACAGGGACGGCUUCAAGCGCUGCACAGAGCUCCUCAGCUGCCCAUGCGUUGUUGGCGCGUACACGUGCGAGCCCGCAAACGUCGGCGUCUCCAUCGAGUCUGUGCCCGAGGACAGCGACGCGCGCCGCCUUGACCUGCUCACCACGGGCGGAUACUUUGCGUACUUUGCGCAGGAGGACUGCACCGGCACGGGCUUCAACAUGCUUGCAUGCAGCGCAAAGGACGGAGACUGCAAGGGCCUUGCACCGUGCACCUCGUCUGACGGCAGCUGCUGCAAGCUUGUCCCCACGGCCUAG